GCGUCGGCUCCAAUGCACCUGCCUGCGAGGCAGAUCCACGACGAGCUCGGACGUCUGCUCCUCAAGCACUCGACGCCAAUGCCAGACCGCGCAGAGCCAGCGCGACCGAGCCGAUGAGAAGACGACUGCGUAGAGGUCGACGCGGGCACAAUAGACGCAGGACCCGGCGCAUGCCUGGUCUCAAGAGGGUGCCGGCUGAGUGCGCUGUUCUGCCGGUCCCCACGCGUAUCUCCGUGCGCGAAGCUCAUGGCUGCGGCUGGCGCGACCGCCGAGAACGAGAUCGCGGAGAGGUUUCAAGUGGUCCUGACUCGAGAACCUGCGCGUCGCGAAGAGCACGAGAUGUCUGCACCAUGCAAGAUGAUGGCAGACCCUCAUAGACUCGCGACCUCACGGCUAGUCAAGUGCUCCCUCGGGCAUUCUUUCAACGCCCCCAUCGCUUCGCGUCCGAUCAGGUGUGCGACCGUCGUCGCGGAGAGAAGUGUUCAUGUUCAUGUAUGACUCAGGUAACCUUCUCAAUUCAUGACACCGUUCUAUAGUACAUCAUCAUGUGGC